UACAACAUUGCAAAUACAAUAAGGUUAGAUUAGUGACUAAUGAGCUCUAUUUCAAAUCCAUGGCUCAGCUUGGAUCGCUAUCCUCUCAGACAGAGAUGAUGAGCCAUGUUAUGAGCCUCGUAGAGGCUUUCAGAGCCUUUGAUGCAGACAACGAUGGGUUAAUCACUGCUGCAGAGCUGGGAGGGCUCAUGGGCUCACUUGGUUACUGCGCAAGCGAACAAGAAGUGAAGGCAAUGAUGCAAGAGGGCGACAAAAACAGGGACGGGCUUCUGAACAUAGAGGAGUUCGUGGAGAUGAAUACGAGAGAGAUGGAGAUGGAGAUGGGGGACAUGGCAACUUUCCUUAAAACUGCUUCUGAUACUUUGGAAGUUCAAGGCAACAACACAGCUGUGACAGCCCAAGAGCUGCAUCAAGUUGUGAGCGAUAUAGGUAUUGGGUUGUCCUUCCAGGAUUGCCAGGAGAUCAUAGCCUCCAUGGAUGUGAAUGGAGAUGGGACUGUUAGUUUUGAGGACUUCAAACUCAUUGUUAAUUCCCUCAUUUAGAUUGUAACCCUUUUCUUUUAUGUACUAAACGAAUAAUAUCCAUCUUGUAUUUCUCAAAUUUCAUGAACCAUGAGGCCUAAUCUAAAAGUCUAAAACAAUAGUGCUU